GUGAAUGGGAUCGCAGAGUGGGACAUGAACUUGGGGAAGAUGGAGGAGGACGCGGGGGACAGUCGAGACGGAGGCAGGAAGCCGAUGGACCAAUGAAUGCAAAUAUUUAGAGAAAGGCAAUGGGAGCGAGGUUCAGGAAACUGGGCGACCCGAAAGGGAGUCUGAGGGUCUACGUAACAGCUUGUCCGGCUCGUGGCUUCCCUGCAGUACGGCAAGCCAUGGUGACCGCUGCAUCUAUCUCCCUUCUGGUUUAUCCCAGAUUACCUGACGCGUGUCUUGUGUUCCUGAGCUGAUCUUUCUGAUCCGGCAGGAACGAUGUCGUGGAUCAAGGAAGGAGAGCUGUCGCUUUGGGAGCGGUUCUGUGCCAAUAUCCUAAAGGCAGGCCCAAUGCCCAAACACAUUGCAUUCAUAAUGGAUGGGAACCGCCGAUAUGCCAAGAAAUGCCAGGUGGAGCGACAGGAGGGCCACUCACAAGGCUUCAACAAACUGGCUGAGACUCUGCGCUGGUGUUUGAACCUGGGCAUCCUAGAGGUGACGGUCUACGCAUUCAGCAUUGAGAACUUCAAACGCUCCAAGAGUGAGGUAGACGGGCUCAUGGAUCUGGCCCGGCAGAAGUUCAGCCGCUUGAUGGAAGAACAAGAGAAGCUGGAAAAGCACGGAGUGUGUAUCCGGGUUCUGGGGGACCUGCAUCUACUGCCCUUGGAUCUCCAGAAGCUCAUCGCACAAGCCAUACAGGCCACGAAGAACUACAAUAAGUGUUUCCUCAACGUGUGCUUUGCAUACACAUCCCGUCACGAGAUCAGUAAUGCUGUGCGAGAGAUGGCCUGGGGAGUGGAGCAGGGCCUGCUGGAGCCAAGUGAUGUCUCAGAGUCUCUUCUUGAUAAGUGCCUUUAUACCAGCCACUCACCUCCUCCUGACAUCUUGAUCCGGACUUCUGGGGAAGUGCGGCUAAGUGACUUCCUGCUCUGGCAGACUUCCCACUCCUGCCUGGUGUUCCAACCUGUUCUGUGGCCAGAAUACACAUUUUGGAACCUCUGUGAAGCCAUCCUACAGUUCCAAAUGAACCAUAGCAUGCUUCAGAAGGCCCGAGACAUGUACGCAGAAGAGCGGAGGAGGCACCAGCUGGAGAGGGACCAGGCUGCAGUGUCGCAGCAGCUGCUGCGAGAGGGGCUCCAGGCCAGUGGGGAUGCCCAGCUCCGACGGACAUGCUUGCACAAACUCUCGGCCAGACGGGAAGAGCGAGUCCAAGGCUUCCUGCAGGCCUUGGAACUCAAGCGGGCUGACUGGCUGGCAGGUCUAGGCACUACAUCCGCCUGAGUGAGGCUGGCUGCCCGCCACUUUGUCCUGCCCUCUGCCUCCAGGGCCCCACUCCCCUUUCUUUUUUUGGUGAAAGGCACCUCCUUUCUGAGGAAGAAAUGUCUUCCUUCUGCCUGGGAGAGGAGCACCCAAGGCCAGCUCAGCUGGCCACAGACUUCUUUGGACUGCCUGCCAUCACAGCCCCUGGGAAGGGCUGAAGACAGUCAUUCCCCCGAGGCCAGUAAACCGAGCUGUGGUCACCAAUAGGCUUGGCAAGCGAGGUGCCCCAAACUCAUUGACGGCCUGUCCCUUCCACCUCUGCUAUUGCUCCCCGUGCUCCUGGGCACACUCUCUGGCACCAGUACAUCCUCCAACAAACAGGAUUGAGGGAAGAGAGCACCCUGCCAAUCCUAACCCUUAACCCAUCCAUCUCAGCCUUUCCACCUGAUGUGCACAAAAGAUUUGGCUUUACCUUGGGUCUGCUGGUAAAUAGCUAAGAGGCAGCCAGCGUUAUUUGGACAAGGAAGAAAGGGGCAGGAGCGACUGAGAGAAAAUUUGCCCAUCUGCUGCUCCUCCCCCUUGGCUCUCCACCUGGGAUUUGCUAUUGAAUCUCUACCCCACCCCAUGCAGUACUGAUUGCUCACUGAAAGGCUCAGCGCCCCCAAUGGCGCGCGGAAGCCAGCCGGGUGAUUACAAUCCAAUUACCUAUUGUCGACUCAGCCCACACAAGCUUUUCUCCUCCUCUCGCAGGGCACAGGGCCAGGCUCCACUCCCAGUGGGAACAGCCCCCUCCGUGGCUACAGGCUAACAGAAGGGCCUAUGGGCCCUGGUGAAUCUAACCCAGCACAGGCCUGCUUCUCGGUGGCACAUCAGGGCCUAGCAGGACCCCGCGCGGGUUAUGUUUCCUGUCCUCGCGGGGUCUAAUCUUCAAGCUUUCACUCAGCUCUUUGACCUGGCUCCCUCAGAAGGCCCCAUGAUGAUUUAUUCUCAGCAUGGCCAAGCUGGUUCCAGGCCCUCUGCUGGUGAAGGCCAAGGCUGCCCAGCAGGAAGAAGGGGGCAGAGUCAAGGGAGGCUGUGUCCUUUCGCUUGCCUCCCCCUGCCAGGCGUUGCUGCGGAGAGGAUUAGCGCCCUUGCAAGCCGGCUGCCCCAGGUGCCCCAAGCAGCCUGCAGCCUCCAGCCCGGGAUGCCUGCCCCAUGCUACUGCACAGUCUGGCCAUUUUCCUUUCUGCAUGUUGUUCCUCCAGGGGAGAGGCAAAGGCUCCUAAGCCAUGUUAGGGUGGACUUUUCAGACCCCUAACUUCCCAAAGCAGAUUCCAUCCUUCGGUUUCUGUGCCUGGUUACCUGACGCUAGAGGUCCCUUGGUCAUUGUCCUGCCUCUUGAAACAAGCAUGAAUGCAACAGUGCGAUUGAAAAGCCAAUCAACUCAUCCUUUGGCAAGCCCCCUACACACCUGGCACUCCCCAGUACCAAUCCCUGGCACUGGAUUCCCGGAGAGCAGGUGCUGUACAUUUUCCAGCUUUACAAUGGGGCUGUUGACAGCCUUAAUUAGGGAGGCAUGAAUUAUGUGACUAUAAUACAGAACCCUACAAUUAAGGCAGGAAUGAGGGGCUGGAUCCCCCCCCCCCAAGCGGGGCUGUCAGGUCCUGUCUCCUUUCUGUGACUGGCUCUCCCCAAAAUGACUGGGGACAGUAGAGAUGACUGGAACUGUUACCUCUGGCCUGAAGCCCUGUAGGUGGAGAAAGGUACGCAGGGUGGAGUAGGGAGCGACUCCCCCCAAGAGACACUGGGAGAAGGAAGGGAAAGCAUUGAGACCACUGCUGUCCAGCAUUAGGGGCCGUGGAGUACUGGAUUUGCUCCCCAUUAGUAUGAUUUGUGCAAACCAGGUGGGAACUGUAUUUCCCCACCUGUAAGCCGAUGCCCCUUUCGAGGACAUUUAUCUUGUGUUCUCUUGGCCCUCUAAAUAGAAGUUUUAAGAUU